ACCCAAAUUGCUCUGUGUUUCUUUCUAUGUUUUUUGCUGCAUCAUAGAUUCUUUCCCAUCCAUCCUCUUUCAAGUCAAAGAAGCAAGAAGAAAAUUUUAAUAAAGAAAAGUUAUUAUGGAAUGGGUAGUGGGUGAAAGGAAGAGUCACAGCUCAUGGGCAUAUAUUCUCUUCCCAACAUCAUAACCCUGUUCAUGUUUCCAGAUAUGGAGUGAGAACAUAGGAAACCCAACUACUCCAUAAUUAUAAAGAGAAGGACGCUGCUUCCACCAUUUUAUGUUUCACUCUUCUACUUCCCCUUCCACUUCCAUCCACAAAACCAAUAAAUGGGUUUCCAAAAUUUGCAAAAUCAAAACAUGAACUUGGUUUUGUCCACUGACCCAAAACCUAGGCUUAAGUGGACUCCAGAGCUACAUCACAGAUUUGUUGAAGCUCUCAGGCAACUUGGAGGGGAAGACAAGGCAACACCAAAGAGUCUGAUGAGGGUGAUGGGUGUUCCUAGACUUACUUUGUACCACCUCAAGAGCCAUUUGCAGUAUAGGCUGGCCAAGAGACAUCCAACAGAGUUACAGUCAGAGUUUCAGUCUCAAUCUCAGUCACAGUCUCAGGGCAGUAUUGAGAAUAAGAAAGUUCUCCUUGAUGCAGAUUACAAAGAGAUCCAGAUUAGUAAUCCUGCUCUACGAGGAGGAAUCAGUGAAGGAAAUCAAAGUCCACUCAACGAAAGCUUUCAGAUAGCUCAGGUUCUCCAAAUGCAAAUGGAAGUGCAGAGGAAAAUUCAUGAACAGAUUGAGGUGCAAAGACAUUUACAAGUCAGAAUAGAAGCUCAAGGGAAAUACUUACAAUCAGUAUUGAAGAAGGCACAGGAAACACUUUCUGGUUAUAGUUCUUCUUCUCUGGGUAUAGAACUCGCAAAAGCUGAACUGUCUCGAUUAGUCUCGAUGGUUAACAAUGAAUGUCGAAGCCCUUCAAUCUCAGAAUUAACAGAAAUAGAAGGUUCAAGCUUGAAAGGCACAGAGAGAAAAAAAAUGAGAGGCACAGUUUGUUCAAUGGAAAGCUCCUUGACAUCAUCUGAGAGCUCUGGGAGAAAGGAAGAUAAACAACUAACGAACGAGUUCGGCAACACCCACAAGUCCAACCCUGCUUCUAUUGAGCUACCUUUAAUGGAUAUUCACCCUCGAGAAAAGCCAUGGAACAGUGGCACAAGUGAUCAAGUGAAGAAGAGAACUUGCUGCACAAUUUCUGAUGGCAUCUGUGUGGAGCAGCCGCCUGUGAAAAGAUCAAAAAUUGGUGACAGAUUGAGAAUAUUUGAUCUCAAUAGCCAUUGUCAGAAUGAAUUUGAAUCAGGUUCAAAAACAAUAGAUCUGAAUUGCAAGGGAAUUGAACAAGUGAAUGGGCAACUCUAAGAGUUCUGGGAGCAUUAUACUGGAAGGCUUUAUUAAUAUACUUCAUUCAGCAUCAAAGUGGAUAAGAGUUAAAAUCUUUGUUUAUGAACUAUGUAUAUUGGUGGUAUAUGUAUGGAACCUCCUGCAAAAUUUCAAAGUAUAUCCAUAUCAAAAAGGUGGUAAUAAUAUAUAUUGUGUCGAUA